AUGGCACUCCAAGAAGCUAGCGAAGCGUACCUGGUCGGACUAUUCGAGGAUACGAACUUGUGCGCGAUCCACGCUAAGCGAGUAACGAUCAUGCCGAAAGAUAUACAGCUGGCAAGACGUAUUAGGGGCGAACGUGCCUAA